AUGUCUCUAUUUCUUAAUCUCCCGUUUGAGCUCCGAAUACUCAUUAUCGAGGAUGUGCUUUACACUCCGCUUAGCCCGCCUCUGACUCCUUUUAAAUCAGAUGGCAUCGAAUACCAUGACCUUGCAUACAAUGCGUGGGAGGAAGGUUGCAAUGUGUAUUAUAACCAUCAGAACAAGUACAACCCUUCAAACUGUCUACCUCUUCUCCUCACAAAUCAUCAAAUCUCGAUCGAGACUCAGGUGAUCCUCGAACGCAUGAAAGUUGAGUACAUUCUUGACAUAUCAGUCAAGGAUGACUUGCACCUCUUCCUGACAUGGCUAUCAGUACCGUGUCUUACAACCCACAUAUCGACCCUGUACGCGAAUGUGCGUCUGUUCGGUCACAUUAUCGAGGAGCGCACCAUCCGUAAGCAAGUUGGCUCCGGCGGUCGGCUAGGCUUCCACUGGUCCUUCUAUGCGGCAUUAGAGCGAUUUCUCCGCUAUGGUCCCGUGGGACUAAAAAAACGCAAGGAAGAAAGCAAGCCUUCUGAAUAUCCUGGAAACACGGAGGAAUUCGAGAACCGGGGGAUGCUGAUCGAUACACUCGUUCUUGACUUCCAGUCUGCGGAACUGGAACUUUCCUUCCCACCAGAAGAUGUCACAUACAAGCAGUACUGGGAGCGGCAUUGGGGUCGGGAUCAGGGAGACCGGGGCGAGACUUCAGAGACAUUAUCAUCACAUACAACGCGCCCGGAGUGGCUCUGUGAAUAUCUGAAGGGCUGGAUAGAUGAUCUUCUUGACAUGGAUUAUCAUACUUCAGAGUUCGGGCAACCACUCUAUGAGCAUAUUGGGACCAUUCGGAUGCUUGUUGAUGGACAACUAUCUUAUGAAUUUGAUCUUGCAGCUUGGUUAGCCAGCCUACGGUUUACCAAUCCGACCUCCAUGAUGGGUCAUUUACCUACUAAUGAUCGACAAUCUGGAUUUUGGAAAUGGAAAAAAGAGACAUUGCUAAGAAGGGAGGUCCAAGGGUUUCCCGUGAUAUGGCCAUCGGAUGAUGAAUUAGAACGAAGAGAGGUGUGA